UUGUUCCGCUUUCAGCAUCCAGCCGUUUUGUGCUGUAUUCUCAAGUUAAGUUUGUAAAGCUUAAUUAAAACAAAGACUGCAGCCACUUGGUCAGGAAACCGGAACUAUUGUUUAGGACCGGGUUCUUCUCAGGAUCGGGUCGGUAAAUAGUGAGCACCGCUUUCUUUCCAUUGGCUAAAGUAGGUUUCCAUGGUUAUAGCCAAGGCCCAGGCAGAGGAGAAUGUCCACCCAGCAAGGAAGCAUCACAGCUACUUCAGCUUUGCCCAGGCAACCUGAAUCUGGCAGAUCUCAGCACACCGAAGAAGAGAUUUUUUAUAGAAACUGUAGAGCAGCUUACCUGACUGUAUUUCGAACCAGUUUAGAGAAUAUCACUUCCAAAGAUCAACUCUGUCUGGUUCUCCAGCAGGCUGGAAGAAAUCCUUCCAAAAAGACGCUUGGGAAGUACUGGACUCAGUAUACUGAGAAAUUAAACUUUGAUGACUUCUGUGAGAUUUUGAAAAAUGAAAAACUUAUAGGCAAGAAUGAAUUGAUGAAAGCUUUCAAGAAGCUUGAUCUGAAUAACGAUGGCUACAUUACACAUGAGGAGCUUUACAAAAUUCUCACUACUAAUGGUGAGAGGAUGACACAUGAAGAAGUGAAGAUGAUCAUAGAAGAAGCUGAUAUCAAUAACGAUGGAAAAUUGGACUAUAAUGAGUUUUGUAAAUUAUUCCUGGCAACUGUUGAAACAAGUCAAAAGAAUGCACUUGCAAGAUUAGAGGCUAUUACCAAAAUGAAGCAACAGCAGUUUGGAAGUUCAACAGUCGCUUCAUUGGAACUUUCUUCCUCACCUUCAUCAAAACCAUUGCUGGCAACUUCUCGAAAUCCUGAGACAGAUUUAAUCUCCAAAGUUGAUAGCAGACUUUCAUCAAGAACAUCAUCUGCUCGAAGUCGAAGGGCCUCAACUUCUUCUACCAUCACUAUGGGAGCGACCACUACAAAAGGUCUGAAAUUAACUGAGCCCAAAUCAAUGAAGAACUGGCAACACACUUGGUCAAAGGGAUGCUUUUACCUGGAGGAAGAUGGUGGAAUUGUCAGUCAUCAGUAUAGACUGGAAUUACAUCAAACAACAAAUGUUUAUCUUACCAUCAGACCAUUAAACCUUAGCGAAAGUGAAGAAAAGCUAUCUCCCUGGAUGAAUGUAGAUACCUCGUUAUAUGUUUUGAGGAACGAUAGUGAUUCUGAAGUUCUGGAAGUCGUAUGUGCCACAGAAUUACGAGAAAAAGAGAAGUUUGGUUGGAAGGGAGAGCUUCGUUCUGGAAUUUAUCACCUUCUCCCUUUCACCACCGGCUGCAGACUAAGAAAAAGGAGGAAAUCAAAGACGCGAGAAGCCAAACUGGUCCACAGAGAAGAUGGCAACCUAGCACUCACUAAGGAAUUCAGAGCUGCUCUGUCAGACAUCUUUGAAAUCAUCGAUUUAGAUGGCAAUGGUCUACUGAGCUUUGACGAAUAUAAUUUCUUUGAGUUGAGGACCAGUGGAGAGAAAUGUGACAGAGAGGCCUGGAUUGUGUGCCAAGAAAAUUUUGACACAAGGAAAAAUGAGCUGACACGUCAGGGAUUCAUGGACUUGAACCUGAUGGAAGCUAGUGAUCGGGAGGGUGAUCCAAAAGACCUUUGGGUGACACUUGAAUCAAUGGGCUACAGCAAAACAUUAGAAAUGCAUGAGGCAUGUCCUUUUGUAAUUAGUAUCUAUGCAGAGGACAGCAAACUCAAGUUAACACCAAUCAGUCUGGAAACGGGUGGAAACCUGCUCAAUUCAGUUAUCUGCAAAUCUGUCAUAAGUAAUGGAGAAGCAAAAGCCAUGAAGAAUUGCAGCAACUUGGUGAUUCACAUCUAUAAGACUGAAACACGAAUCACAUCAGUCAUUGAAAAUAAAUCUGAAACAAGAGUGAUUGUUCAUGUCAACAACGAACAGAGUAAGAACUGUGUCAGUUCUCGGGGGCUUAGCAUUUUUGCAGUGGAAGUAGCACCAAGGACAACUACAGUCUGCCAGCAUGCGAUGCCUAUCAAUGAAAAACUGGAAUGGAUUUACAGCUGCACAGAAAGCAUUGUGACCUGAAAUAAAGCACAAGAAAAGAGCUGCAUUAUUAAACAUCUGGAUGGCAAUGAAUCCAAAGUGUGAAGUUAAAUUGACACUUUUGUAUGCAUGCCUUCUAAUGUAUUUUUAAUUGAUCUCGUUUAUUUGCUGGCUAAUUUGCUGGUUUUGUAUAAUUAUGGUUCCAUGGAAUAAUGGUAUUUACGUAUCGAAAGGGAAAUUAUUAAUAAUGUGUUAUGAAUCACACAGAUAAUGCUUUUCUGCAGAGCUUAGUAUAGUUUGAUCUAAUAUGGCAUUAUAUAUGUUUGUGAAAGACACCCUAAUUAAAACAACACAGUUCUCACAAAAAUGAAAUUAAUGCUGUGUCCUAAAAGCAUAGGCAUUAAAGAGCAACAUUGGAGCAUAUCGCAUGACCAGAUGGUCUCUCGGCCUUCCAUCAGUCCAGUCCAUCUGCUACUGCUGAAGAGAAUUCUGUUGGGCUUUUGGCCAGGCCGCCAGAUGCAGUGUCUCAUGUUUGCAAGAUAUUUGCUAUACUAAAACUGAAACUGAUCUUCUAUGAUACCACACAACAUGGCCUCUUCUGCCCACCCAAAUGUGUGUGCAGUCAAAGGCCUCAUGAGAACAUUAGUUAAAACGAUUGCACCUAUCCAGUGGACUUAAAUUGCAUGCAAUCAAUAUGUAUUUGUGUCGGAGAGAAGAGAUCUGUGAAACGAAAGCAAAAUACAUAAUUUAUUUGCAUUAUGAAAGCAUUGACAAUAUUGCAAAGAUUUUAAAAAUUACAAACCUGAAUUGGAAAUAUGUUAAUGUUUUUGGUGGCAACCUGAUCACAGCUUAUGUCACAUUGUAACAUAAAAUAGCAUCACAAAAAUCUGCAUGACAAACUGUUUUGCUUCAGAGCACAGUAGGUAUUUCCAGCAGGUUAUACAUUACAGCAUAAUGGGAAGCCUGUUGCAGAAACGCAACUUGUUUGAAAACUCUGAAAAACUAUAGUGCUGCUAUAUAAUUAAACAGUCAGUUGAUUAUUUUCAACGAGUCUUUAUGCAUUCAUAAUUAUGAAGCUUCAUAGGAAAGCAGUAUUACUAGUUCAAAUGUUUAUCAUCAAAAUUUUAUGCUAUUGCACUAGUGGUUUUUCAAAUACAGUUUGUUGACAAGUAUAUUGUGCUUUCACCUUCUGGAUGUUGCUUCCUAAUGAAUAGUUUUAAUUCUUCUGUUGAUAUGGAAAGAACUUGUGUAAACAAACAUUGGAAAUUGGCCAACAGAAAAUUACUGCCUGUAAAUUGACUAUAUCACUUUGAAAUACAGAUUGGCUGGUGUGGAAAAUGGAGAAAUGGUAUAGUAAUAGGUACCCAGGAGAGUUUACAUCAGAGUAUUUAACCUUGUCAUACUUGACUUGGUGUACUUAAUGCUGAGAUUGGACAAUGAAACUAGAAAGAACCUAACACUAAAGUUUUUCACUGACAAACACACACUUUUCUGUGAAUGUUUCUAUCUUUUGUUGUCUUUCAGAUAUCUUGCACUUUAUUUUGUACCUACUAGAUAAUUGAUUGCUAAGUAUAUAAAAUAUUUCAAACAUAGUAUUUUUUGGUUCUGUAUCUUUGCUAUCCAUAUAAAAUAACUGGUGCUGAGAACCUUGGGGAUAAUCCCUCCAUCAUUUUCCCUAUCCCACUCACUUCUACCACUAUCUGAUCCAAAGGAUCAAGCAUCACUUGUGUUUUCCAUAUACACUUCCAGGAUGUUUGGUCAUUAUGAAAAAGCCUUACCAUAAACUUUGCAAUUUUGAUUGAUUUUCUUGAAGUUUUGCGGCUUGCUGUCAGUGCAUCCUUUCCCCUCACAGAAGCCUUGUUAACUGACUUCACUUUCCAAUAUGUACCACACAAAGUACCACGGUGAUGGCAUUGUUCUUAUUUAAAGACAAAUUUUGUCUGACCCCCUACUUCUGGACUUUAAGACCAUUAGAGUAGGAACAGAAGUAGGCAGUUUGGCCCAUUGAGUCUGCCCCUGUAUUCAGUGAGGUCAUGACUGACCUGAUAAUUCUCAGCUCCAUUUUCUCGCCUUUUCCCAAUGACCUUUUAUUGCCUCACUGAUUAAAAAAUCUGUCAGUAUCAGCUUUGAAUAUACUUAAUAAACCAACCUCAGCAGCCUUCUGCAGUAAAGAAUUCCACAGAUUCACUGUACUCUGAGACAAAAUAUUUCUCCUCCUCUGUGUCUAAAACAGGUGACCCUUACUCUGAGAUUAUGCCCUCUUCCCCUCAACACUCCCACAAAGGGAAACAUCCUCGCCACAGCUACCCAGUCAAACUCCUAAAGAAUCUUAUUUGUUUCAAUAAGGUCUCAUAUUCUUCUAAACUCUAGUGAAUAUAAGCUGAAUCUACUGCCCCUCUCAUAAUAGGAAAGUCCCUUCAUACCAGGAAUCAACUAACUGGACCUUCUCUGACUGCCUCCAAUGCCAGUAUAUUCUUAGAUAAGAGAACAAAAACAGCUGUCAGUAUUCUAGGUGUGGUCUGGCUAGUACUUUGUGUUUUAGUAAGUCUUCCGUCUUAUCAUACUCCAUUCUCUUUGAAAUACAGACCAGCAAUCUGUUUGCCCUCCCUACUACCUGGUGAACUUGGAUGCUAGCUUUUUGGAACUAAUGCAUGAGGACACCCAAGUUUUUGUGUGCUGCAGCUUUCUGUUGUCUUUCUCUAUUUAAAUAAUGUUGAGCACUUUCAUUGUUCCUGCCAAAAUGGGUAACUUCACAUCUUCCCACAUUAUAUUCCAUCUAUCUAGUUUGGGGCCUUUUACUAACCUGUUUAUAUCCCUCUGUAGACUCUUUGUGUCAUUUUCACUACUGGCCUUCCCACUUAUUUUUGCAUCAUCUGCAAACUUGACAAUAGUACAUUUACUUCUAUCAUCCAAGUUGUGAAUAUAUAUUGCGAGUAAUUAUGGCUUUAUUAGUGAUCCCUGUGGUACUUCACUAGUUACAGGUUGUCUUUUUGAAAAUGCACGCUUUAUGCUAACUCUGUCUUCCAAUCCUUUAUCUGUACUAAUCUGUUGCCCCAAACAUCGUGGACUCUUGUCUUUAUCAACUAACCUUAUGUGCAGGACCUGAUCAAACAUCUUUUGGAAUUCCAAAUACAUUGCUGGCUCCCCUUUAUCUGUCCUGCUUUUAGCUCCUGUCAGAACCCUCAUACAUUUGUCAGGCAUGAUUUUACUUUCAUGAAGCCAUACUGACUCUGCUUGGUUAUAUUAUGUAUUUCUAAAUGCCCUACUAUUACGUUCCUUAUAAUGGACUCUAACAUUUUCCCAAUUACAGAAGCAAAGCUAACUGGCCUAUGGUUAAUUGUUUCUUUGUCUCCCUUUUUAAAUAAGGGUCCUGUAUAGAUAGUCUUCCAAUCCUCUGGGACUUUUCCAGAAUUGAAGUAUUAUUGUAAGAUUAUUACUGAUGCAUCCACUAUCUAUAUAGCUACUUCCUUUAAUAUCCUAGGAUGCAAGUCAUCAGAUCCAGGACUGACACAAAGUAUUUGUUCAACUCCUCUUCCAUUUCUUGGUUCCUAUCAUUAAUUCCAGAGCCUCAUUGUCUAGGGACCAAUUGUAACUUUGGGGUCUCUCUUACUCUUGAUUUAUCCCACAUUAUUAUAUUUUUAGACACUUUUGUCUUUUAAAACUUUUCCAAUCCACUGGAUUACCACUAAAUCUAACUACCUUGCAUAUUUUUUCUUUUAAUUUGAUACUAUUCUUAACUUUCUUGAUUAAUCAUGGUGGUUUAUCCACUUCCUAGAAUCCUUUUUCCUCACUGGAUAUAUCUUUGCUAUGAGUCAAGAAAUAUUUUCUUGAACGUCUGCCAUUCUUCCUCGACCGUCUUUUCUGUUUAACUCCUUUCCUAGUCCACUGCAGGCAACUUUUUCUUCGUCCCUGUGCAAUUACCCUUGUAUAAAUUUGGGAUAGUUAUUUCCAACUCAAUUUUCUCACUCUGAAACUAAAUCCUACCCCAUUAGGUAUCACUGUUUAAUAGGAGAUAUUUUAUUCUGAGAUCAUUUAUUGAACCUGUCCCAUUUCAUAAAGAUCCAAAAUAAACCGAUCCUUGGUAGGAUCUACAAUAUAUUGCCGUAGGAAACUAUCCCAAAUGCAUUGUGAAUUCUUCUUCAUGGCUACCUUUGCAAAUUCAAUUUUCCCAAUCUACAUAAAGAUUAGAGUCACCAAUGAUUGAUGUAUUGCCUGUUUCACAUGUCCUUAUGUCAUGUGUUCUCCUACAAUAUAGCUACAGUUAGGUGGCUAGUCCCUUUACUGCUCCCACCAGUGUCUUCUCAUUAUUUCUUACUUCCAUCCAUAUAGAUUCUGUAUCAUCUGAUCCAAGAUCAUUUCUUGCUAUUCCAUCAUGUACUAGCAAAGCUAUUCGACCACCCUUCCCUUCCUACCUGUCAAACAUACAAACAUAACGCAUUCUUUCAAAAAGUCAGAUACUCCUGAACAUUUAAUUCCCAGCUUUGAUCUCCUUGGCACUGAGCCUGUAUAACUGACACAAGAUCAUACCUAUUAACCUCUAUUUGUGGUGUCAAUUUGUUUAUAAAUACACAGUUUGUAAAUACAAUUGUGCAUUUAAGUAAAAAGCAAUUAAUUUUGUCUUUUUACCAUUUAUUCCCCUUUGAAGCUGUUUGAUACUUUUCAUGCUUGUAUACUCUGUCACUUUCUAUCCCGUUCUGGGCAGCAUUGUUAAAACAGUUGACACUGAAUGCUGCAUGUCUAUAUUUUUGCAUGGUAAACCUAUGUAUCCCUCUUCCCAAACCUUUGCCCUCUGGAACUGUCUCUUUGUACGCUUCAAAUUCUCCUACCCCUCACACCUAUCUUUUAAGAUCUUACAUGGAAAUUUUCUCAUGCACUGUGCCAUCUUUCUUACUAAAACAUUCUACCUUCAUGCUUGCAGCAUCUGCAUUACAUGACUUUGAUUUCAGUUAACUUCCUAACUUCUCUUAAUUAAACUGCCCUUAACUUCCUACAUCCUCUAAUUUUCUCAUUUUACCAUCCCGUCUUUCCUCCUUUAUUUUAACUUUCUCAACCAUAUCCUUGCCUACUCUUUGAACUUGCCAUCUCUCACAUCAUCUUUGCAUUCAAAAAUUUCAACCACUGACAGGACAAUCUCCAAGCACUUCCAUUUCUCUUGCCACAUUUUAGAUUUUUCUAAUGAUUUUUGGCUUCUUGGCACAAAUUUGGAAAUGCAUUCUGUUAUGUUUCAAAAACAAAGUUUCAUGCAUUUAAAAAAAGCAUGGAUGAAACCAUUUGGCAAAAUGUUUAUUAAUAAGCUAGACAUUGAAACUGAGUGUUUAGCCAGUAGAAUGUCACUGCUCAUAGUCUAAUUCAAGUUACUCAUCCAAGGUUAACUACACCAGUAUGAUUCGUUUUUUUACAAGAGCAAGACUGUUCUUUUUUAAUGCUAUACCCCCAGAUAAAGGUGAAGUAGUUGGUUUUAUUGAGAGGCGGGGUGGCAAAUGAUUGAGCAAAGAAGACAUCUGAAGGAUAGCUCACCUACUCACUGUUAACAAAAAGGAAGUAGCAAUACAGGCAAUCAGUGAACUAGCUAAGAUGAAACCUGACUGAGUGAACCAGUCUUAACUCUAGCCCAAAGUCCCUCAGAGUAAAAAGGCUGCAUUGGAGAAGUUAAGAAAUCCAGCUUAGAAGCAUACUGUGAUGUAAGUUUACUAUUUUUCAUGUUGUUGAAAAAAGGCACAUUUUUGGAAACUUUUCAUCUUGCACUCAAGUGGACUUGCCAACCAAUCAGUACUCUCUUCUCAUACAGUAUAAGUGUAGGUAUUCUUGUGAAUUGUCCUGAUGAGUGCAAAACGAAAAGUUGUGACAAAAUGUUUUUUUCAUCAGUACUCAAGUUCUGCACUACCAAAUAACUACUUUUGAUGUCCUUGAGAAAUAUUCUGUAAUUAUAUGAAUUAAAGAAAUAUUUUCUUUGUUCUGUUACACUAAACAUUGAUGUUAAUGACAAGUUUAAAAAAUUGCGAUCUAUAUCUGAUCUGUCCUCAAAAUGUUUCAUUCUAUCAAAGAAUGGAGAACUGCAUGUGUGAUAUAUUGUAAGUUUAGAUCACAAGGGGGUGCUAUUGCUACACCACUGGUAACAGCAUUAUAUUGAAUAACACAAGUCCACUCCUGCAAGUAAAACACUUUGAUCAUUUAUGGAAGUAACAAAUGCUCCAAAAUUUAAGAAAAUAUCCAAUCUAAAACCUGGAAUAAUCUUAUAUACCUUCCAAUCCAGUAUCCUUUACAUUAACCGAAGGAAUAUAGCCUCCUCACGUGUUACAUGCAAAUUCCUUCAUCUUCCUCUUCUAAUAUUUCUGUAGCUAUUGACCUGUUUAACCAUUUCCUCUCAUGCUUGUUGCUGCUUUGAUUGCGCUCAUUGUUUUUUUAGCAUAGACCCCAUCUCCCUCAAGAGUGGAUGGAAUACAUCCCACUUGCCUGGAUGAGUGCGGCUCUAAGAACAUCCAAGAAACUUAACCUUCCAGAACAAAGCAGCCUGCUGGACUGGCACCGUGUCCACAAAUAUCCACUCCCUCCCCCAUUAAUGCUCAGUAGCAGCAGUGUGUAUUAUCUACAAGAUACACUGCAGAAAUUCACCAAAGAUCCUUAGACUGCACUUUCUAAACCCACAACCACUUCCACCGCGAAGGACAAGUACAGCAGAUACAUGUGAACACCAUCGUUUUCAGAUUCCUCUCCCAGCCAGUCACUGUCCUGACUUGGAAAUAUACUGCUGUUCUUUCAGAAUCGCUGAAUUAAAAUCCUGGAAUUCCCUCUCUCAUGGCAUUGUGGGUCAACCUUGUUCCUAGUCAAAGCCUAUUACUGCAAGAUUAUCUUGCAAGGAAGGGGCAACAGAAUGUUCCUGUUUCCUGUGAUCAGUCAUCCCCUCAAACUUCAUUUUAAACAUCAAAUAUCAGGUUAUGCACUUCAUCACAAAAGUCAAGCUCAACUGGGAAGUUGCAGUAUUACAUCUUUUCAUUAAAUUUCAGUCUAACUGCUCCCUAGUGUACCACCAACUUUAUGCUAGGACAUCAUACUUUUGACCUACCUCUCCACUUCAAAGCCUAUUCAUCCAUGAAAUCCACUUUAUGCUUCCUCAUCACUAACUUCUCAUCAUGCAUCUUCCCUAUGUGGUUUUGUAAUUGUUAUCAGCCUUUAUACAGAACAUUGUUAUUCCUCUUAAAAAUUCCAUCAUCAUCACCUGUUUUCAAAACACACACCUAGAUCCAUUUAAUUUCUGCAAUUACAACCUGAUCUUCAACCUCUUUUUUCUUUUUAAUGUGUCAUAAUCUCACAUCUCUGUUCCCUGUCCAAAUUAUGAUGUUCUGCCUCCAAUUGUCAUCCUGCAACAUAAAAGCUGUCUUUACAUAAUUUCAGGCCCACUGAGCUGAAUGUCAGCUGUGCAUACCUGACAAUGGCUACUGUUUGUAUAGUGUGCAAUGCUAUCUUCAGCUUCAUGCACAUAAUUUGCUACCAAAACGUAAUAUGAUACUAAAAAUUUUUUAAAUAGUCUUUUAGAUUUUUUUCACUUUUUAAAGACCUAUUUGCCAGGAUGUUGCUUUCUAUAACUCUGUCUCUGUGUUUUUGCUACUUCCUAAUUCUUUCUGUCUUGCCUUUGUCUUUCUGUAUAGCUCCAACACUAAUUAUGACUAAAUGCAAUUUGUAGUUAUAUCCGCUCUGUUGUUUAAAAAUCCAAAUAGCAGAAUAUGUACACUGCCAACACAACUUGAAACUGAACUCAAAGAUGGAUAACAUUUUUCAAAAGGCAAUCAGAGGCAUCAGAAUAGUCUGCAUUUUGCUCAUUCUGCUAUUUUGUCAGUCAGAGAUAGGAGCAGCAUUAACUUUCCUUUUGUAUUUUAAAAUGGAUCCUUUCUUGUCAGCAGAACAUGCUUGAACAAAUAUAUUGCAUUCUUUAAAACCCAAAAUAAAAUUAUGGUUAAGGAGGGUUCUCCUUUGCCUAAAGCCUUAAUUAGUAUAUUCACUGUGCAGAACUACGUAACUAUCAGGCUUAAUCUUAAUUUAAUCUCAGUUUCCUUUCCAGAAAGUACUCCUCCUUUCUAGGGUACAAUUCUUUCUGGGGCAUGUGUUGGGGCACCUCCACUAGCUCAUUCAAGUAGCCUUUCUUCAAGUGUCAAUGCGGACACCAAAUUUAAGCAUAUUGUUUAACUAUGGUGGAGGUGGGGGUGGAGAAGAAGAGGGACAUGCGCAUGACAUCUGAGCACAAUUAUUACUUGAUGUAUAUAGAUUAGAGAUAGAGAGCAUUUACUUGUUGUUUAGUGCCUCUAUGCCUAAGUACAAGUACUCCCUGCCGUGAAAAUGUUUCAUAACAGGUCAAUUAAAAUAUUUUUUCACAACAA